CCCGGGCACGCCCAGCCGCCCCGGGAUCGGAAGCGAGCCGGCCUCGGGAUGUGGAAGCAGACGGCCGCCCCGGCGCUGGCCCGGCGCUACCCCCGCAGCUGCCUGCUGGCCGUCACGGAGCAGUACGUGGCCGCGGUGCGCGACAUGGAGCAGGUGGUGAUGAUCCCCAGCCUCCUGCGGGACGUGCGGCUGGGGGGGCCCGGGGCGCGGGCCCCCGAGGACGCCCCCGACCUCCACGCCUACUUCACCAUGCUCAAGACCAUCCGCCUGGAGGUGGAGCACGGCAUGCUGCCCCGGGAGGAAUGGCAGGCCCGGGUGGCCGGCGGCCCGCCGGGCAAGGCCGAGGCCGACGCGGCCGAGAGGGCCGAGGCCCAGGGCGACGGGGGCGCGGGGCUGGACCUGGAGGCCCAGUUCCACCUGCACUUCUCCAGCCUCCACCACAUCCUCACCCACCUCACCCUGAAGGCCCAGGAGGUGGCCAGGAAGUACCGGGAGAUGACAGACCAGGUCCUGUAGCCGUGGACUCUGGGGAAGGUCCCUUUCCCCGGGAGGAGACUCGAUGGCGCCGCGAGCGGCUGGCCAGCCUGCGGAGCAAGGCCCGGCGGCUGUGCCUCAGGGCUGCUUCUCCACCUUCUCCUGAGCACCCAUUCGUGGAGUCGUCACUGGCUCACCUGAGGGUGUCUGUCGCGAUGUUUAACUCCCUCGUGCAGCUGGGAAGGGUGACCAGUGCGGCUCAGGAGGCGCUGGACGUUGCUCUAAUGUCCGGCGUGGCGCAGUGGGAAGAGCCAGGGUGCCGAGUAAGCACGAGCUGCGCUUUCAGCCCUCCUGCUGGCGGGUUCUCUGCGCUCCAUCCCAGGCAAACCAGCCACACACGAGUCUAAAUCCCCUCACAUGAAAUAGGAAGACGGCUUACUACCUCUCCCACUACAAAGACACAGCGGGACCAAUCAAAAGCACUUGGGACGCGAGAGCCAUGAACAGGCUGAUUGGUUUUCUCUCACCCUCCUGUGUGCCUGCCCUGCGCCUUGCCUUUCAUCUUCCCGAAGUAAGAGACAGGCGAGCGGCUGACCCCACACCUGCCUACCCCGCACGCGGCCCCACACAGGCGAACCACAAACCUAUUUAUUGCAGUAGCAAAUAAAAAGCCCAAA